AUGCCUUUGCUUCAGCCUACUACUUCAUGUUGCUAUCAUUUGAAAUUGCCAAAAUUGCCAGUUGAAUUAAAAGAGAGUAAGAAUGAGGCUCAGAACUUGAAAUUUCAACUGAAAUGCAGAACUGGAGCGGCUCAAACUUUGAAAAGAUCAAACAUAUUCGUUCAUGGUGGUUUAACCAUACCUCUAAAUUUAACUACUAUAGAUUCAUUACAAUUGCAAAAAGCGUUAAUGAUGUAUUUUGCUAAAGAAACUAAAAAUGCAGCUAGUUUUGAGAAUUUGAAACAAUGGAUUAGUUCAGAAACUUUCUAUCUAGAUCUGGUAUCAAGAUCAUGGCGUCAUAUACCUACCACAAUAAAUCAAGAUUCUAUCAAUGAAACAAAAUCAAAUUGUAAUUCUACCAUUGAAUGUUCUUUAAAUGAAAGAAUUUAUCAUUCCAUGUGCUAUUCGAAUUCAUCGUUAUAUAUAUUCGGAGGUCUAGUCGUUUCCCCAACGAGCGCUUACGAAUUGGUCCCAACAAAUGAAUUAUGGAGACUUGAUCUAACAACGAAAGAAUGGUCAUUGUUAAGUAAAAAUCCAAAAAUAAAAGGAAGGUUUAAUCAUAGAGUUCAUGUUAAAAAUGAGAAUGUAAACAUACGAGAUACAAAACUCGUAAUAGUGGGUGGAUUGGAUGAUUCGAAUCGGCCGAUCUACAAAGUAGAUGUGUAUAAUUUAACUCAAAAUUGUUGGCAAGAUGAUGCUGUACCAACUGAUCCUCUCGAUAUCGUAGCAAAUAUAGAUAAUGAACCUGUAUCACUUACAAUAGGAUCAAAUUUUUCCAUUAUGGUGGAAAAUAACGAGGCAAAGAUACCAGCUCUGGCCUUCUAUAUACCAAACAAUCAGGUACUCAGUAAUGGUAGUGAUAUCAGUGAACCAGAAAAUAAACGAAAAAGUCAAAAAGUUGACUGUCAUAAACAUGAAUUUGAUUCUCCAGUAGUAGCACUGCCGUUGUUAUCUAAUUCAAAAGGUAUGAAAAUGGCCUUUAGUACAUUGCAAGAUCCUGAUAUUUUAAAAGAACCUUUCAAUUUGCAGUUUCCAAGUGGCGAAAUAUUUGGUUAUAAUAUCAUAUUAUCUGGAUUUUACCCAGAUUGUAAAGCUUCAAAUUUUUAUUGUUUUGUUUACGACAUCCCUUCUGGCAAAUGGUCUCGAAUAUCAGUGGCUUGUCCUGAUAAUAUAAAACAACAUAGAUUUUGGAAGCUUUAUGUUUGGAAAUCUCAUCACCAAGCUCUUUUAUUAGGAACUAGGGAUGAUGAUGGUUGUUUACCUAGUGUACAAAAAUUCGAUCAUUUACUUGCAUUUGGCUUACCUUUGAUAAAUGUCUUCAAUAAAUUGAGAAAUCCUACUGAUAAUUUAUUCAAAAUCUUGAGAACGAGAAGUACAACAGACUCAUCCCAAUCGGAUACAAUUGAGUCAUUGCAACAUCAACAAAGGCUGAUUUUUAGCGACAAGGAUAUUAAUGAAGGUAAUGCCAAAUCACCUUCCUUCAGAAAUGCCAGUUACGUAUCAACAAACAGUUCACAGUUCGAAAAUUAUAUCCGUUAUAUUGCUCCACCUCUUGGGCUUUCGUCAAUACGAUCGAUUUUCCCUGAUUAUGCAAUGGUUUUAGGUAAAGAUGCCUUGGAAAUAUUUGGAAGUCCCUUAUCGGACUUCCAACUGAUUACAAGUGAAGGCGAUUCAGUAGGUAUUCCAAGCCAUUUGUUGCGUAAAAGAUGGGGUAGGUAUUUUGACUAUUUAUUAUCAAAAGGUUAUUCAGAAGUAUGCUCUGACUAUGAAAGCUUAGGAGCACAAUCAACUUUGAUUAAACUUCAUUCACACCGUAAAAGGGGUUCUAAGUCCUCUUCAAUGAACUCAAGACCUUCUUCAAGCGCAUCUCUUUAUAAUCAGUUUUCGAAAUACGCUCCCUUUUCAAAAAAUGGUGGUGACAAUAAUUACACACUGAAUACUAAACCAUCUUCUACUUCAAGUGUCUUGCAUCCAUAUACUGAUAGCACCCUUUCUAGGGCAAACUCAACAGCGGAGCUUAGAGACACUGACGUCAAUAACAGGGACGAGGAUAAAUUUGAAGAUUUCGAACCAUUCCAUACAACAAGUUCUUCUACUGGUAUGAUUUUCCGGGUUCCUUUCCAAGAUACAUAUGAUUAUUCUAAAGAUCCUAUGAUGCCUCUUAUUAAUGAAAAAGAUGUUAAUGAAGGUAGAAGAUCUUCAUUGAUGGGUGUGAUAAGGGAGAAAGAAAGUGAGGAUACAUUAUCCCAAGAGGAAACUAAUAUCCAGAAGCGUCGCUCUUCUCAUCCUACAGUUAUUCAGAAACCACAAGCAUCUUUUUCUAGUCUCGGUAAUGAUGAUAACAAUAUAAAUCCAUCUCCAUCAAGAUAUAAUAUGAGUUCCAGAAGCUCAAUGUCGCAUGUUAGUCCGUCUUCUGAAAGGUUACCCAUAAGCAGUCGGAAUAAUAGUACUGCAAGUUUUUCUGCGCUAACUACGUUGAAUGUGACACUUCCGCCUCAGACUGAUAUUCCAAAUGAACCUUUACCACAAGCGUCCCAUACAACGUAUUUAAAGAAGAGGAACAGCUCCCUCAAUGACUAUCUAUACUCGAAUAAAAAUAGUCCAUUAUCUUCAAGAAGAGGCUCCUAUACCAGUGCCGCCAGUGUGCCUGACAUUAAAUCAACUUCACAGCCCCAACAAUCGUCUCUUGACAAACAGAUGAUGGAAAAUUAUGGACAAAACGGCAAAAAUGGGGAGAAUCAGCAAGACCAAGGGAGUCCCAAAAGCGGUAAACGUUAUUCGAGAGAUGAACCCUUCACGGAAUCGUCCAACUCUACAUGGACUGAAAGAUCUAGAUCUAUCGAUUCGAAUGCUGAUAGUGUAGCAAGUACCUCUUCCAUUAAUCCGAUGGAGAUGGAGCCAUUGUUAACACCAAGAUCCCUUUAUUUACCUUGGCCUACUAGCACUGUUAGAGCAUUCGCUGAGUUUUUCUUUACCGGCCAAGUUAAUCCAAAAUGGCUACUUGCACCGAUUGUACUAGACUUGUUGGUGAUUGGUAAAAUAUAUGAGAUUCCUUUAUUGUAUAGCAUCAUUGUAGAGGUAUUGUAUUCAAUUAUUGCGAGAAAAGAAGAGAGUCUUUCGGUAAUUUGUAACUCUAUGUUUGCAUCUUUUAUCCGAAGUGUUGAAGGUUUUUUCUGCCAUGACCAAGAAAGAAUUCAGUCAUAUUUGGCUUCUAGUGCUUGCUACUCCGAGUUAAUGAGACUUAAAAAUUCACUGGAACAAAUUGAUAAUGGAUUUCUAGAUUUUGAUUUGUUACGAAAAACGUCUAGUAGUUAUUCUCGUUCUUUAAGCAGUCAACUUAGUGCCUCUGAAGUUAUGGACAAAUAUUGGUUGAAGAGAUUUAGUUCGGGUAGAUUUAGCUCGGGCGGCAGUGACUACUUUCCAACUAUGUUUACGCAAGAGCCGAGAGGUUCGAAUUCUUCCAUGGGGCCAAUUAUCUUCCCUCAAAGUUUUAUGGAGACCAAAAAAUCACCGAUGGCAAGAAAAAAAUCAAGUCUUAGCUAUGAGAUUGAUCCUAAGACGCUAGGAGCUACUGAGGGGCAGUCUAUACCUAAAAAUAGUAUGGGACAGCCCAUUGAUGAAGAAGAUAGUAGGCUCUUGCAUGAUAUGAAUGAUUUCGUACCAGAUUCUGAUGACAGUUCCAGUGAUACAACUGAUACAGAUGGUGAGGGUGAAGAUAGUAACUUACAAAAUGUGAAAGAGUCGCUAUUUCUCAGCGGACGAUCAACCUCAAAAAGCAAAAUACCUGAGGGCAUAGCCAGUGGAAAUCCAGCAGAUAUGAAUUUUUCCACUCAGGCUAUCUUGAAGGAUAAAAUUUCGAAACCGUCUUCCUUAAGUGAAUUUGGUUCAGGACUUGGAACUUUGUCAAUAAAUAAGAUGAAAAAAAAGAUAAAAGAAGGAUUGGAACAUUAUGAGGAAUCAAUAGACCCUCUGUUCAAGAUGACUCAUGACCCUCAAGAUACCAGUUACAAUGGUAACAUUUUAUCGAAGCCUGACGUAAAUAAUUUUAUGUUACCAACAAAAUCCCUGAAAGAUGACAGUGACUAUUCCAUGUUAACAAUAGAGAGUAUGGCCUCCUCAAAUUCUUUGCCUCCUGUUGAUUACGUGAUCAAGUGCACCUAUAGAACUGCAGUGCUAGUAAAUGAUAUUCAAUUAAUGAUUAGAUGUUUAGAUUGUAUUGAAAUAUCCAAGGGAUUCAAAGCUAUCAAAGCUCAAAUGGAAAAUGAGUUUCUUAAAUCAGGAAUUACACGCAAAAAGCGAGAAUCCAAACCCUUGUAA